AUGCCAUUUGCUCCAUCACCUAGGACAAACUCUACAGGGACGCAAACGUCGCCUACUCUGGCUUCGUACAUGCCUCCUAAAUGUGCAUGUUGUUCUACGACACUGAUCUGCCCCAAUAAUCAUCAUCAUAUUAACCCUUUUUUUGGAGCCAGUCAACCUAAGAGACAGAGAUCGCUGACCAAAGUUUCAGCUUCACCCCGUAAGAAGCGAGUGCGACGACAAGAUUCAAGCGACGAUGAUGACGAUUUGCGAUCCUCGAAGAAACGCCGCGAAGCUGUAACUUCGUCUAUCACUCGCCACAGACAGCGAAGAGUGACUCCGUAUGCCGAACGGUCACGCCGCAGAGCAGUAGAGAGCCAAGGGAGGAUUGAUAAAACCCUUUUCCGCAUCCCCCAAUUAAUUGCCCAAAACAAUGCAGACCGAAAUACAGCCAUACAUGGUAACGCAGAGGACACCGAUGUCGACGAGCCAGCAUGGGACGUGCUCAGCCAGAUGCGAGCAGAUGCAGCAGAACUCUCAGAUGAGGAGCAACCACUGUCUCCACAAGCCCCUCAAACUCCAACACGAACCUGGGGUAUUCGAGGGCUAUUUAACUCGGUUCCUAGGUCGAUUUCAAAAUUCAUUCCUACAUUUAACCUGUCUCCAGUGCGAAGAGAGUUGUCGUCAGAGGGAUUUCGGACACCGCCGGAAAUUGUAACGAGACUUGCGCAAUCCACACCAGUUACCAGUACCCCCGAUCAGGGUGAGCUACCUGAACAGUUCGAGCAAUCCCGGGAUCCAGAGAAUAUGACAUACUCACUUUUUCCGCAACCCUUAAACCGGCGCCAGCUGUUGGGAACCCCUCCGGAUGUUCCAUACUCACAGAAUGAAGCCCGAAAAGUUCUGGCGACUGAAACUACCGUUUCUAAGGAAACUGAAAGCAACAAUGAGCAUCACGCGCCCGGCAAUAAUAACAAUAACAAUAACAAUAACAACGGCAGUAGUAAGAUCCCAAGAAAACGCAAGCACUCCAUUCCACAACCAAUUCCCAACCCCCCAGGCGCCAGCUAUGGAAUGGACUUAAGAUAUUUUGGAGACAGUUCACUAAGCGACGCAGAUGAUGACUCUACGCCCGAAGAUAUAACUGCAUUUGACACUGAACAACCUCCGGCCUCCAUUGCACCAACAGAGCAACCUGCUAUUCGAGGUAUCCUACGUGCUACAAAGCGCGUUCGUUUUGAUGCUAGUCCUGAGAACACUCCAUCCAAACUUCGACUCCGCCACCCUCAAUCCAAAAACAUCGACGAUGACCAGAGAACAACGGAGGAACAAAGUUCAUCCCUUCCUUAUACAGAUGAUCCUAUGGAUAUCUCCAGCGACCAUUCUACCGGCGAACCGUCUACGUUUACCUCACCUGCCAACCCUCAAACACCUUCAUCCGAUUCUCUGGGAGAUCCCCAGCCAUCUUCGCCUUCUCCACCGAUUAUUCGUCCAAAUCCAUUUGGAACUUACUGCCUCGAUUACGAUAUGUUUUCAGACGAUGAUGAUUUAUAUGAGGAUGAGGAGAUUGCAGCGGAAGCGGCGGAAACAACUACAAGUCUCAGUACUGGCGCCACCGCGAAUGAAACACCUGCCCCAACUCCCCAGGAUCGUGACACGGCUACUUCCUCUUCCCUACAAAGUCAAGUUACUGCGCACGAACCUUCCGCAUUAUCACCAGGUGUCUCUCAGUCCUCAUCCACUGCUCUUGAGGUUGCGCCGGUUGGUUCUCAAACAUCACAACAGCCUUCUGUCUUUGCUAAUAACUGGACACAACCUCCGCCGCCUCGCCCGACGCCGGCUUAUGCGUCUCUUCCAUCGCAGCCUACCACACCCGUUGGCGCGGAUGCUGUCGCCAAGCUCCGUUCACAGGCCGAGAAGUACAAGCCGAAGCUCCCUAGCGGGCUUCGUGCUUCCCGCCGGUACUCUUCCAGUCCGCUGUCGGCUCCAGACAGUGGUGACAAUAUGGCCUCGGAGCCUGAACACUUUGGGCCGUUGUUGGAUUCCCCUCUACCACAUCUCAACGGACGUGAGCUACGCCAAGCCACGGAAGCCAAAGGGGAGGCUUCUGUGGCGGACAAGGAGAAUUUGCCCGGCGACCUGGGGGGGUCGUCGGCGCAAAGUUCGCACGUGCCAACCCCCCGGAUAAGGCAAUUGGUUCGUGAGAUGUGGUUAGAGGAGGAUGACGACGCGGCCGACGAGGUGUUCAGUCGCGAGUUCCGGCGAUUCCGCCGGGAGAAAUCCCGGUUGGAGGAGUCGGAGCUGCAGGAGGAGGAGCGGGGAGAGGAAGAGGAGGAAGAGGAGGGGGCAGCUCCCAUCGAGCCCUUUAACCUGGGCUCGUAUGGUGAGUUUUGCCAGAGGUUUGAGGAGUAUAGGCGGGGGCGGGCCGCCUAG